CACCACUUCCCUCUCCCCCACCACCAUCUCUUCCUCCGCCUCCUCAGUCCUCACUCCCCCUCACCAGAGCCCCAGCCCCAACCGGAUCAAGGAGCGGAAGGAAGCGCGGAGGCGGCGGCGCGAUGCUGGAGGAGGCGAUACCCGCGCUGUGGAGCGCCGUGCACGGAUGGUUCACCCCCGCGGUGCUGUUCCUCGUCCUCAACCUCGUCAUCGGCACCAUCGCCGUCACCUCCAAGGCCGCCGCGCCGGCGGCUGCGGAGGAGGACGGUGCUGAGGCUGCUGGUGGAGCUGGCGGAGGCGGCGGGGAGCAGCAUAGGAGGCUGUCCCGCGUGCCGUCGAUGGCGUUCGACCGGCUGCGGUCCUUCAACCUGUCCCGCUUCGCCGCCCCCGCGCCGGAGCCCGCCGUGGCCAGCGUGAUGGAUCUGGGGUACGAGCAGCCCGCUGUGACGGUGGACAGGGAGGAGGGCGUGGUCGAGGUCGAGCGCGAACCGGAGUACGAGCACAUGGAGAGGAGCAGGUCGGAGGCGGCGGCGGAGGCGGAGCUGCCGCGGCUGCCGGCGAGGCUGCACAAGUCGGCCAGCGACAAGUCGGCGUUCGCGCACUUCGAGUCCGAGGAGGUGGAGGAGGCCGUGGAGGCGCGCCGCCCGGCGACGACGAGGGAGGGGGUGGCGGCGCGCCGCGGCAGCCGGCUCCCCGUGGCGGAGCCGGAGGAGGACGCCGAAGACGAGGGCGCCGCCUCCGGUGGCGAGGUGGACGCGCGCGCGGACGACUUCAUUAACAGGUUCCGGCACCAGCUGAAGCUGCAGCGCAUGGACUCCAUCCUCCGCUACAGGGAGACGAUCCGCCGCGGCCAGGCGGCGGCGGGGGGCGUGUAGGCGCCGCCAAUCCGAGCAAGCCGAGGAUUAGGAGCCAGACGCAAGACAACAAGAGUGAGCCGGGGUCAUAAGAACAACAAGUAGAAGCGAAGGAAUGCGUGGGAUUAGGAGGAGGAAGAGAUGGUAAUUUCGUUCCUUCUUCCCCCCAUCCGUUUCGGUUUCUUGCUUUCCCUGAUGCUACCAGCAUCUUGUAGCUUGUCGAGUUUUGGAUCGAACCAACCAACCAACCAACCUUCGUGUAAUCAGGCAUCGCAUCGUGUGAAUUUCUGCAGUUUGGUAAAGGAAUCCGUAGCUAAUUUAUGUAGCUGUAAAUCUGCUGCUCUGUUUUCCAUCUCCUGUUACUCCUUGGUUGGUAGUCCUCGUUUUGCAAAUGUGGCUAGUAUUACUUUGUUACUGCAUCUUUUCGGUAGUU